UGCAUCACCAAGAGGCUCUCAAGCCCCGCCCCCGCGUUGGCCUGGAAACCGAAGCGCGGCGUCGGUGGAACUGAAAGGCACGCGGCACCCAGAGGCCUAAAACGUUUUUUUUCCCGCCUGGUCGCGUGGGUCCGGUCUCUUUGAGGGUCGCGGUAUUUUUCUGGGACCAUAGGCGUUUUUGUUUCGUGAGCCUUGAAGUUCGUAAAGCCGCUCGGUUCAUGCUAGCGCUAAGCUAGCUGCUACAGACGGAACAUUCUCUGGAGUUCUAUGCCGAGCCUCAGGUGAACAGACACCUACACGUCAGUCCUGUUCACCUGCUCCUGCUACAGGAUCCACUCAGCGUGGGGUGGGGGGUCAGAUAACCCACCCUGUGUUUUGGUUUCCAGAGUGUAGCCCCUCACUUCCGGUAUAAACUCAAUUUCCUGGCGGGAAUGACACCGGUGCCUGACAAUGCCAGCAGGUGAGGGGGAGGAGCCAGCAGAGACCCGGGAAAGAUUCAAUGAUGCGUUUGAGGUGUAUACGGAGUCCAGGAGGAAGAAGUCCAGGAAGAAGAGCGCAGAGAAGGAGACGGUGGUGCUCCAGAACCUGAUCAAAGAUCUGCACCUUGGGAGGGACUCCGAGGACGACCGGACCGCCCUCCAGAACCACAACCGGGGGGCGGAGGUGGUCAGCACCAGGAGUAAGAGGGAGCUGCCCCCCCUCCCUGCCACAGGGGACCUGGGGGCAUCUGUCAAACAGGAGGAGGGGGGUUCUGAGUCCAGGAAGGCUUUAGAUUCAGAGGGGGGGGGCAAAAGGAGAAGUCAGAAAAGCAGCAGAACCGCAGACGAUGAAGACAAACUUCUGCAGGAAUAUCAGCGCAGAAUCGCACAGGAAGCCAGCGGGAGGGGGAGAGACGGCCCCCCCCCAAAGAACAGCAAGAAGAAAAAGAAAGCUGUGACCACGGAUGGGGGGAGUCCGCCGGGAGGGGGCCAAACCCAGGAGCAGCCCAGGGGAGGGGGCGAGGAAAAACAAGGGGGGGGUGGAGGUGAGGAGGACGACCUGGUGUUGGGGGUGUUUGUCCACAAAAGCGACCCCCUCAGGACGGAUCUGCUGAUCUCACACCCCAUGGUGAAGAUCCACGUGGUGGAUGAGAGGACGGGCCAGUACGUGAAGAAGGACGACCGCCGCCGGCCCGCCGUCUCCUUCUACGAGGGGGAGAACGUGGACCACAUCCUGCCCGUCAUGACGCAGCCCUUCGACUUCAGGAGGAGGAAGUCCGUGGUUCCUGAGUGGGAGGAGCAGAUCCUCUUCAACGAGCGCUUCAGCCACUUCCUUCAGCAGGACGAGUGCAGCCCCAAAGUCCUGCUCCUCUUUGAGAUCCUGGACUUCGUGACCAUGGAGGAGGCGCGGGCCAACGCCGACGCUGACGGACACGAGAGCGGCUUUCGGAAAAUCGCCUGGGCGUUCCUGAAGCUGGUCGGUGCAAACGGCGUUCGGAACGUGGACAGUAAGCUCCGCCUCCAGCUCUUCUGUCCCCCCCCGCGGGCUAAAAGACAGCCUAAAACCAUCGAGGUGUUCGAGUGGUGGAGGAAGUUCCCCAGGAGCAAGUACGCCUCCACCCUGUACGUCACGGUGAGGGGGAUCCAGCUGCCCGCACACGUGGACCCCAGCACGCGCUCCAUGAUGGCGUUACAAGAGGAGAGGGGCAGUUCCUCCUACAGCGAGCUGCAGAAGCAGGUCUCCAGCAGGACCCCCCCCCAGACGGCUGACAGCCGGCAGCCGGAGCUGAGGUGGCGCCGUCUGCCCGGACAGGUCUGUAGCAUUCCCAACAAGCACGUCCUGGGCUUCCGGGGGGGUCACAUGGGCUGCUUCAGCGUGCUCUUCUCCAACGCUGGAAGCAUCCUGGCAGCUGCCUGCGCAGACAGAGACGCUUUUCCUGUUGUAGUGUAUGAGAUUCCCUCUGGGAAGGUGUUGGCCGCCUUCAGCGGUCAUCUGAGGAUCGUGUACGACCUGUGCUGGUCCAGAGACGAUGGCCGCCUACUGUCGGCCUCUUCCGAUGGAACCGUCAGGGAGUGGAACGUGGAGAAGCUCCUGGGGACAGCCCAAAAGGUUCUGCCUCAUCCUUCCUUUGUGUACUGCGCUCGGUACCAUCCCAGCGCUCAGAACCUGGUGGUGACCGGUAGUUUUGACUUCCUGGUCCGCGUGUGGAGGCUGGAUGUCAGCGACGUGAACGGGCAGCUGCUGCAGGAGUUUGACGGCCACAGCAGCUUCAUUAACAGCCUCUGCUUCGACUCAGCAGGAACCAGAAUGUUUUCUGCUGACAACAGCGGUCUCAUCAUGGUAUGGAAGACAGCGGUGAGUCACGACGGGCCACAGUCGUCCUGCCGUCACUGGUGUGCAGAGAAGAAGCUGGAGGAGGCGGAACUUAGGGGAGUUCCCAUCAGCAUGCUGCAGCUCCAUCCAAACGGGCGCUUCCUGCUCGUGCACGCCAGAGACGGCCUGCUCAGGAUGAUGGACCUGCGGAUUCUGGCAGUGAAGAAGUACUUGGGCGCCACCAACUACCGGGAGAGGAUCUGCAGCACCGUGACCCCCUGCGGGACCUGGAUCUUCUCUGGUAGCGAGGACGGGAUGGCGUACGUCUGGAACGCUGAAACAGGUGACCAGGUGGCGGUCUACUCCGAGCUGGGUUACUCCAGUGCUGUGCACGCCGUCGUCUUCCACCCUCAUGAGAACAUGGUGGCGUUCUGUGCGUUUGGUCAGGGCCAGCCUGUGCACGUGUACCUGCACGACCACAAAGUUACCCAGUUGCAGAGUCUGACCGCGGCGAGUAGGUCUGCAUCGGACAUCAGGACGCUCAGGAGCACCCCCGACCCCCCCUCGGGCAUGGAGGCUGCGACGCGGGCCCUAAAGCUGCAGAGCAUCCAGCAGCGCCUGGAUUCGGUUCUGAACACGCUGGGACAGACCUCUCCAGGCUCCUCCCACGGUCCGGGGGGAGCCACACUGGAACAUGCCUCCUAUACUUUUGCAAACAGAAGCAGCCUCGGUGCAAGUAGGCGGGGCCUAGCGGCAGACGACGGCGCUGUGGAGUUCAGCGCCUCGCUUUCCCCCCGCCUGCAUCACGCCAGGACCCCCCCGGCAGGCCGCAGCCGGGGGGUGAGUCCGGUCAGUCAGUUCGCCCCAGGACCGUGUGAGCCAAUCCAGGUGGUCUCCCUCUUCGACUACAGAGCGAGUCGUUCAGAUGAGCUGAGCCUGCGGCGCGGUGACGUCAUCCAGGUGCUGCACAAGGACAACCAGACGUGGUGGUUCGGGCGCAUGCGCGGCGGCCUGAAGGGCUACUUCCUGUCCGCUUACGUUGUGGAUCAGAGAGACUUCAGUGAGCAGAACACGGACGCACUGCUGGAUGAGGAGACUGCCACGAGGGCCACGCCCACCAGGGUCUCUGCUGCUGUCAGCUCGUCCGGAGAGCUCAGGUUUCUGUCCGAACCCACUCUGUCAGACACUGAACCAGAACUGACUGACGCCAGCAGAACCAGAAGAAAGAAGAAGGUGAAAAAGCCUGGAGUUCCUGUGUCUUCAUCUCAGACUACAGUUUCUGACGCAGAUACUUCUGGGUCGACCAGAACCAUAAGAGGCAGACCUCUGCCACCGAGACCAGCGGGGAGGUCCAACAGGGCCUUUGAGGCCGACACGUAAACUGUGGACAAACCCAGAGAGCCGUUCUGAUGUCACUAAUACUCCACAGCAUUAUUGCUGCGUUCUCCGUCAGAAAUUACCCAAAGAUCUUUGGUGUUUGAGGCUGCAGGUGUUUGUGUGAGGAACAAGAACAUUGUGUUCAGGAAAGUUUUAUUUUGUACUAUUUACAGUAAAAACCCGUGAAACAA